AUGGCACAGCUGCUUGUACCGCCCGGACCUGACAGCUUCCACCCCUUCAUCCCCGAGUCGUUGGCCGCCAUCGAAAGGCGCAUCGCCGAGGAGGAGGCUCGGAGACCACGGGCGGAGCGCCGCAGUGACAUUGAUGAUGAGGACGGGCCUAAGCCCAACACUGACCUGGAGGCCGGCAAGAAGCUGCCCUUCAUCUACGGAGAUGUGCCUCCUCAUCUGGUGUCCACUCCACUGGAGGACCUGGACACCUUCUACAGCAAUCAGAAGACCUUCAUAGUAUUGAAUCGCGGAAAGACAAUCUUCCGUUUCAAUGCCACAUCUGCCUUGUACAUCCUGAACCCCUUUAACCCUGUCAGAAGACUUGCUAUCAGAGUUUUAGUGCACUCUAGCUUCAGCAUGUUAAUCAUGUUCACAAUCCUGACCAACUGUGCUUUCAUGACGCUCAGUAAUCCUCCAGAAUGGGCCAAGAAUGUAGAGUACACAUUCACAGGGAUAUACACCUUCGAGUCGCUCAUAAAGAUCCUGGCCAGAGGCUUCUGUCUGGGCAAUUUCACUUUCCUCAAGGACCCCUGGAACUGGCUGGACUUCAGUGUUAUUCUCAUGGCAUAUGUCACAGAGUUUGUGGACCUGGGCAAUGUCUCAGCACUGCGAACGUUCAGGGUUUUGCGAGCCCUGAAAACUAUAUCAGUGAUCCCAGGCCUAAAGACCAUUGUGGGAGCCCUGAUCCAGUCAGUAAAGAAACUAUCGGAUGUGAUGAUCCUGACGGUCUUCUGCCUCAGUGUCUUUGCCCUCAUCGGCCUACAGCUCUUCAUGGGAAACCUGCGGCAGAAAUGUGUCCGCAUGCCAAUACUUAGUAACACAACCAACAGCACCAACACCACCAUGGACGACAUGAUGCUCUCCAACAGCAGCCUGCUGGACCUCAACACCACCUUUGUCCUGAAUGUGACCGAGCCUUUCAACUGGACCGAGUACAUGAACGACGAACGAAACUACUAUUACCUCCCAGGGCACAGGGACGCUCUGCUCUGUGGGAACGGCAGUGGUGCUGGGCUUUGUCCGGAGGGCUUCUCCUGUGUCAAGGCGGGACGUAACCCCAACUAUGGCUACACCAGUUUUGACACCUUCAGCUGGGCCUUCCUCUCCCUGUUUCGACUCAUGACGCAGGAUUACUGGGAAAAUCUCUACCAGCAAACUUUGCGUGCUGCAGGGAAACCUUACAUGCUCUUUUUUGUCCUGGUCAUCUUUCUGGGCUCCUUCUACCUGGUGAACUUGAUCCUGGCCGUGGUGGCGAUGGCAUAUGAUGAGCAAAACCAGGCAACGAUAGAAGAGGCUCAGCAGAAGGAAGAGGAGUUUCAGGCCAUGUUGGAACAGCUCAAGAGACAACAGGAGGAGGCACAGGCAAGGGCGCACGGUUACCAUGACAACUGUGUUUGUGCUCCUAUUGGCUGGCAGGUUGCCGCGGCAGCAGCCACCGAGAGUGGUGAGUACCCCAGGAGAGGAGGCCCCACGUCGGAGUCGUCCUCCGGGACCUCAAAGCUCAGCUCCAAAAGCGCCAAAGAGCGACGCAACCGGCGCAAGAAGAGAAAACAGAAAGAGGAAGAGGAGGAGAGAGGCGUCCGCGACAAGUUCCACAAGUCUGAGUCUGAGGACAGCAUCAAGAGGUCCAGCUUCCGCUUCUCCAUAGACGCCAACAGACUUUCCUAUGAGAAAAGAUGCUCUUCACCCAACCAGUCUCUCCUCAGCAUCCGCGGCUCCCUCUUCUCGCCGCGGAGGAACAGCAGAGCCAGCCUGUUCAGUUUCCGUGGUCGGGCUCGGGACAUGGGCUCGGAGAACGACUUUGCGGACGACGAACACAGCACGUUUGAGGAGAGCGACAGCCGGCGCGGCUCACUGUUCCUGCCGCGGCGGCUGGAGCGGCGCUGCAGUGCCAUCAGCCAGACCAGCCUGGGGGCGCCCCGUAUCCUGCUGCCCGCCAACGGCAAGAUGCACUGCGCCGUGGACUGCAACGGAGUGGUGUCUCUGGUGGGCGGGACUUCUGUCACUACCUCCCCUGUAGGUCUGCUGCUGCCUGAGGGCACAACCACUGACACUGACCUGAAGAAGCGUCGAUCUUUCCACCAGCCGUCCAUGGAUUAUUUAGACGAACCGGGAGGCAGGCCGCGAGCCAUGAGCGUGGCCAGCAUCCUCACCAACACUAUGGAAGAGCUUGAAGAAUCCAGACAGAAGUGCCCUCCUUGCUGGUACAGAUUUGCCAACACUUGUCUGAUCUGGGACUGUAAUCCUGCCUGGCUAAAAGUUAAGGAGAUAGUCAGUUUGGUGGUUAUGGAUCCAUUUGUGGACUUGGCCAUCACCAUUUGCAUUGUCCUCAACACCCUCUUCAUGGCGAUGGAGCAUUACCCUAUGACUAAAGAGUUUGAUAAUGUCCUUAGUGUGUUUACCGGGAUUUUUACCGCCGAAAUGUGCUUCAAAAUCAUUGCAUUGGAUCCCUACUAUUACUUCCAGGAGGGUUGGAACAUAUUUGACGGCAUCAUUGUUAGCUUGAGCUUGAUGGAGCUCGGUUUGGCGAACGUGGAAGGCCUGUCCGUGCUCAGGUCAUUUCGACUGCUGAGAGUCUUCAAACUGGCGAAGUCCUGGCCCACUUUAAACAUGCUGAUUAAGAUCAUCGGGAACUCAGUGGGGGCCCUGGGGAACCUCACUCUGGUCCUGGCCAUCAUCGUCUUCAUCUUCGCCGUGGUCGGGAUGCAACUUUUCGGCAAGAGCUACAAGGAGUGUGUGUGCAAGAUCGCCGACGACUGCGAGCUGCCGCGCUGGCACAUGCACGACUUCUUCCACUCCUUCCUCAUCGUGUUCCGCGUGCUGUGUGGGGAGUGGAUCGAGACCAUGUGGGACUGCAUGGAGGUGGCCGGCCAGAGCAUGUGCCUCAUUGUCUUUAUGAUGGUCAUGGUCAUUGGAAACCUGGUGGUUCUAAACUUGUUCUUGGCUCUGCUCCUGAGCUCCUUCAGCGCUGACAACUUGGCAGCAACAGAUGACGACAGUGAAAUGAACAACUUGCAGAUCGCAGUGGGUCGGAUCCAGCGAGGCAUCACCUUCGUCAAAUCUUCAGUCCGACGUUUCUUCAGGAGCGUGUUCUUCGGUGGAAGUGGGAAAGCGUGUGCUCUGGCGGAGGAGAGCAAACCCCUGGAUGAAUUACACAGCAAUGGCAAAGGAAACUGCAUCUCCAACCACACGUUAGUGGAGAUUACCAAAGACCCAAGUGGGGUGUACAUCACAGAGGGCAAUGGGCGGCCUGGGGGGCUGGUGGUGGCUGUCAGCAUGGACACUGGGAAAUUUCCUAUUGAGGAGUGUGACUACAUGUCCUUCAUCCACAACCCUACUCUCACUGUCACUGUGCCCAUAGCAGUGGGAGAGUCUGACUUUGAGAACCUCAACACAGAGGAUUUCAGCAGUGACUCCUCAGACACGGAGGGCAGCAAAGAGGUAAGAUAUGGUUUUUUAGUGGACUGUGUUACAGACGCUCUCAAGGUUUUCAAUGACAGGAGAAUUAAACUAGAUGUGGAGCCCCCGCACCUGAGCUCCUCAGAGGGGAGCACUGUGGACAUCCGGCCUCCUGGAGGUGACGGAGUGGAUUCAAUCGAGCUCGAGCCAGAAGAGUCCCUCGACCCAGAGGCAUGCUUCACUGAGGGCUGUGUGAGCCGGUUCCAGUGCUGCCAGAUCGAUGAAGACGGGGUUAAGUUCAAGAGCUGGUGGAACCUGCGUAAAACCUGCUUCAUCAUCGUGGAGCACAACUGGUUUGAGUCCUUCAUCAUAUUCAUGAUCCUGCUCAGUAGUGGGGCCUUGGCCUUUGAAGACAUUUACAUCGAGCAGAGGAAGAACAUUAAAACGGUGCUGGAGUACGCAGACAAAGUGUUCACCUACAUCUUUAUCUUGGAAAUGCUCUUGAAGUGGGUGGCAUAUGGUUUUGUCAAGUACUUCACCAAUGCCUGGUGUUGGCUCGACUUCCUCAUUGUAGAUGUGUCUCUGGUCAGUCUGGUGGCCAAUGCUCUGGGCUACUCUGAGCUGACCGCCAUCAAGUCUCUGCGGACCCUGCGAGCGCUGAGGCCCCUGAGGGCCCUGUCUCGGUUUGAAGGCAUGAGGGUGGUGGUGAACGCUUUGCUCGGAGCCAUACCCUCCAUUAUGAACGUGCUGCUGGUCUGCCUCAUCUUUUGGCUCAUCUUCAGCAUCAUGGGGGUGAACCUGUUCGCCGGGAAGUACUUCUACUGCGUCAACACCACCACAGAUGAAGUCUUCUCCAGCAGCGACGUCAACAACAUGUCCGAGUGCCUGGCCCUGGUCAACGAAAGCGCACGCUGGAAGAACGUCAAGAUCAACUUUGACAACGUUGGCGCGGGUUACUUGGCGUUGCUGCAAGUGGCCACUUUCAAAGGUUGGAUGGACAUCAUGUACGCAGCUGUGGACUCCAGAGGCAUCGGAGACCAGCCGGAAUACGAAGUCAAUUUGUACAUGUACCUCUACUUCGUCAUCUUCAUCAUCUUUGGCUCCUUCUUCACCCUCAACCUCUUCAUCGGUGUCAUUAUCGACAACUUCAACCAACAAAAGAAGAAGAUAAGUCAGGACAUCUUUAUGACAGAAGAACAGAAGAAGUACUACAAUGCCAUGAAGAAGCUGGGCUCAAAGAAACCACAGAAACCAAUCCCACGGCCAACAAAUGCCUUUCAGGGCUGUGUGUUUGACUGCAUCACAAAGCAGGCCUUUGACAUCGUGAUCAUGAUCUUAAUCUGCCUGAACAUGGUGACCAUGAUGGUGGAGACCGACGACCAGACCAAAGACAUGGACAACAUUCUGUACUGGAUAAACCUGGUCUUUAUCGUCCUCUUCACCGGAGAGUGCACGCUCAAGAUGAUCUCACUGCGCCACUACUACUUCACCAUUGGAUGGAAUAUUUUUGAUUUUGUUGUCGUGAUCCUAUCCAUAGUUGGAAUGUUUUUAUCAGAAGUUAUUGAGAAGUACUUUGUUUCGCCAACACUGUUCCGAGUAAUCCGCCUGGCCAGAAUUGGUCGGAUUCUCCGCCUUAUCAAAGGUGCCAAAGGCAUCCGGACGCUGCUGUUUGCCUUGAUGAUGUCACUUCCUGCCUUGUUCAACAUUGGCCUCCUGCUCUUUCUGGUCAUGUUCAUCUAUGCCAUCUUUGGCAUGUCAAACUUUGCCUAUGUGAAGCGCGAGAACGGGAUAGACGACAUGUUUAACUUUGAAACCUUUGGGAACAGUAUGAUCUGUUUAUUUCAGAUCACCACAUCAGGCGGCUGGGACGGACUGUUGGCUCCUAUUCUGAAUAAGAGGGAGCCGGACUGUGACAGCCAGAUGGAGCACCCAGGGAACUCUUACAAAGGCAACUGCGGAAACCCUUCUGUGGCCAUCUUCUUCUUUGUCAGUUACAUCAUCAUUUGCUUCCUCAUUGUGGUCAACAUGUACAUAGCUGUGAUCCUGGAGAACUUCAGUGUGGCCACAGAAGAAAGCGCAGAGCCUCUGAGCGAGGAUGACUUUGAGAUGUUUUACGAGGUGUGGGAACGCUUUGACCCUGACGCCACGCAGUUCGUGGAGUACUGUAAACUAUCAAACUUUGCAGAUGCACUAGACCCUCCUUUGCGAAUACCCAAACCCAACAUGGCCGCGCUCGUCUCCAUGGACCUACCUAUGGUCAGCGGUGAGCGGAUUCACUGCUUAGACAUCCUGUUUGCAUUCACCAAGCGCGUGUUAGGGGAAGGAGGGGAAAUGGACGUGCUGCGAGGUCAGAUGGAGGAGCGUUUCAUGGCAUCUAACCCUUCGAAGGUUUCAUACGAGCCCAUCACGACGACACUGAGACGCAAGCAGGAGGAAGUAUCAGCCAUAGUGAUCCAGAGGGCCUUCCGCCGCUUCCUGAUCCGUCAGGCCAUGAAGAAGGCAUCGGCCCUCUACAAGGAGCAGCUGAAGGAGUGCAUCCGCGACCCAGACAAGGACGUUAUGGUCAUCAGCAAGUUCAAUGAAAACUCAACAUCUGAAAAAACAGACAUGACCCCCUCCACUGCCUCGCCACCUUCCUACAACAGCGUGACAAAAUCCGACAAGAAGGACAAAUACGAGGAGGACAACAGAGAAAAAGAAAACAAGGGCAAAGACUUGAAAAACAGAAAGAAAUAG